UACACCUUGGACUUUCUCCAUCUCGAUUCUCUACUUCAUCUCUCCCUCCCUCGUUCUCCUCAAAGAAGCCGCAUUCAUCUCCGACACAGCUCUCCUGAACCUUCGAAACCGUAGCUCCUACCGCCUAUUCCAGCCACAGAACCUCCGAGACUAGCCGUGCAUCACCCCCGUGCCAAAAGGUCCAAAGGGUAUCAGGUCUUUGCUUUAAAGGGCCGGUACUCUCAUCAUGGCAUUGGCAAGGUUUGCUAGGAAUAGCUGGACAAGGUCAGGAGGUCCCUUUGGCAAUUCCAGAAUAGAGGAUGUUUUCUAUGGAGUAUCCUCGCGCCAAUGUUGCCUACCUUCCCUUGAAAAUCCGGGGGAAAACAACAAUCUAUCAUACUUUUCCAGCAUCAAGAAGGUAAAUCACAUGACUUUUUGGAGCAGGGGGAUAAGGGUAACACCACAUUAUGAGUUUCCUUCUGCUGAGAUGAUUGCAGAGGAAUAUGACGCAGAAUAUGUUGAGCCAAGGUAUCCAGGACUAGAAGCAACCAAACCUGGUGAAAAGCCAAGGGUUGUUGUCCUUGGUACCGGGUGGGCUGCUUGUCGUUUCCUCAAGGGACUAGACAACAAAAUUUUUGACAUUGUUUGCAUAUCACCACGGAAUCACAUGGUCUUCACUCCUUUACUUGCUUCAACUUGUGUUGGAACCCUGGAGUUUCGCUCUGUAGCUGAACCUGUUAGCCAGAUACAGACUGCAUUGGCGAAGGACCCCAAUUCCUACUUUUAUCUAGCUUCUUGCAUUGGCAUUGACACCAACAAACAUGAAGUGUAUUGUGAGACUGUUAGCAAUGGUGGAUUACCUCGUGACCCUUACCAAUUCAAAGUUGCCUAUGACAAGCUUGUCAUUGCUGCCGGCGCUGAGCCCUUGACUUUUGGAAUCAAGGGGGUAUAUGAACAUGCAUAUUUCCUUCGUGAAGUGAGCCAUGCCCAAGAAAUAAGGAAGAAGAUUCUCUUGAACUUGAUGCUCUCUGAAAAUCCAGGCAUAUCAGAAGAAGAGAAGAAGCGAUUAUUACACUGUGUUGUUAUUGGGGGUGGCCCUACAGGGGUGGAGUUCAGUGGUGAAUUGAGUGAUUUUAUAAUGAAAGAUGUUCGUGACCGUUAUGCCCAUGUCAAGGAUUACGUACAAGUUACCCUCAUAGAGGCAAAUGAGAUUUUGUCAUCCUUUGACGUAGGGCUACGUCAGUAUGCAACAAAUCACUUAAACAAGAGUGGUGUUUGCCUAAUGGGAGGUGUUGUGAAGGAGGUGCAUCCCAAGAAGAUAGUUCUCAAUGAUGGGACUGAUGUUCCUUACGGCCUUCUGGUCUGGUCUACUGGUGUUGGUCCCUCCAAAUUUGUGAAGUCACUCAAUCUUCCCAAGUCUCCAGGUGGAAGGAUUGGUGUUGAUCAAUGGUUGCGGGUUCCCUCUGUGGAAGAUGUGUUUGCUCUUGGAGAUUGUGCAGGUUUUCUUGAACAGACAGGGAAGCCGGUUCUUCCAGCUCUAGCUCAGGUUGCAGAAAGGGAAGGCAAAUUUCUAGUAAAGCUGUUUAACAGGAUUGGGAAGGAGAAUGGGGGCAAGGCUUUCUCUGUGAAAGACAUCCCCCUUGGAGAGCCUUUUGUCUACACGCAUCUUGGAAGCAUGGCAUCAGUCGGCCGUUAUAAGGCGCUUGUGGAUCUACGCCAAUCAAAGGAUGCCAAAGGCAUAUCUAUGGCUGGAUUUCUAAGCUGGCUGAUUUGGCGAUCUGCCUAUCUCACGCGUGUUGUCAGUUGGAGAAACAGGUUUUACGUGGCCGUAAACUGGGCAACAACACUGGUCUUCGGCCGAGAUAAUUCCCGAAUAGGUUGACGCCGCCCCUUGCCAAUGGCUUCGCUGCUACUUGUCUACGCAUUUGUCCAGUCUUUGACCUGAUUACAUUCAAAUAAUUUUUGAUCACAUGAAUUUGUGAAAUUUUGUUUGAGGCAUUAUAUCGAAGAGAAAUGAUAGGCAACAUUUACACAAAUAGUAUACAAUCUGUUUAUGUAACACUCAUAUGAUAAUAGAAUAAUAAUUUUUUAAUCUGUAUUAAAAAUAUUUUAUUAUUAUAUGAUAGUGCCCGCUUAUUGUCCUUA